GGGGCCUGGGCGAAGGGGCGGGUCCUAUCUGGCUCCCAGGCGGAGCUUCUGCUAAAGGCGCGGAGCACAAGGUGCUGAGGGCGCAGAGUAGAACAGCUCUACCCUGUAGAAGUCUGGGCUGAAGACUGCACGUUCCCAGCCCACCCUCCAACCUUCACUUGGCGCCGGCACCCCUAUCCCUGUCAGCUCUCGCCCAGCACGACCCGCGGCCAUGCAGCCCCGGGCUUGAGGCGGCCCCAUGGCAAAACCUGCGAUCCCAGCGACGACGGCGCAUGGAGAACUUCCGUAAGGUGCGCUCGGAGGAGGCGCCGGCGGGGGACGGUGAUGAGGGUGGCAGCCCGAACUCUGGCCCUUUUGCAGAUCUGGCACCCGGUGCUGUACACAUGCGGGUCAAGGAGGGCAGCAAGAUCCGCAACCUACUGGCCUUCGCCACCGCCAGCAUGGCGCAGCCAGCCACGCGCGCCAUCGUUUUCAGUGGCUGCGGCCGGGCCACCACCAAGACCGUCACGUGCGCCGAGAUUCUCAAGCGCCGCCUGGCGGGCUUACACCAGGUCACGCGGCUGCGCUACCGGAGCGUGCGCGAGGUGUGGCAGAGCCUCCCGCCUGGGCCCACACCGGGUCAGACGCCCAGCGAUCCGGCCGCCAGUCUCAGUGUACUUAAGAAUGUACCCAGCCUCGCCAUCCUACUUUCAAAGGACGCACUGGAUCCACGACAACUUGGCUACCAGCCUCCGAACCUCAGUCCUGGUCCUUCGUCCCCUCCUACGGUGUCGACGUCCAAGAGGAGCCUGGGGGAAUCUGCUGCUGAAGAAGGCACCGCUAAGCGGUCUCAGCUUGAGCCAGAGGCUGAGAAUGAGGACAGGACUGCCUGAGAAUUCUCGCCUCUGAGCCACCUAGACCGACUGAAUCUUAUAUCUUCAACACUCCUGCAUCCACACGCACCUUUCAUACCUGUGUUUUAAGGGGCCCAUGUUCCUGGACACCGGUCCUCAGAAUGACAGCGCGGAUCCCAAGGCAACAGGAGGGGGAGCUCAGGAAUGAGAAGAGAGGAUCCUUGAAGUCCAAGGAAACUUUGUGGGUCAUGUUGCCAGAAGCCACAGAACACCACCCACACCUUUGCUAGGCCGUCUUUUUUAGGGAAGCAUGGUGGGUAGUGGGACUCUUGAGCUUUCUUGGGGACCCAGACGUUAAAAGCACCCAGUAUGCAUGGAUGCUGACAGUUGAGGCUUUAAAAAUCAUCUUUGCUGUUAACUGAGAGCGGAAGCUACGGAGCUGAUUCCUUGAGGGUGGCCAAGUUGAAAAUGUCCGGACCCUAUUCUGCCCCCCACCCCAGCAAUUCCCUUUUAGCAUCCCUCCCCACCCCCCUUGCAUGGUGGCUGAGAGGGGACUCAGGACAAAACCUGCCAUGCUUCCUCCCCGAGUCCUGCUGGAGUCUUGCUUCCAAUAAAACAAACGUGAAAAUGG